UUUUCAGCCCUUCCAUUCUAUCUCUGUCGCCGCCGGCCGUUUAACCGGAGUCUUUAUCUUCCCGUAGGACGUUUACCCAUUUACAGGUUUGGCUACAAUGAAUGGAUAUUGAACAUUUGAACUUGUUAACUCAAAGAAGUGUUAGGAAAAAUGGCAGCUUUAGUAGCAACUCGUUUACUUUUUCUUAUUGGAGAUGCUUUACCCAUAAGAAAGCUCCCAAAGAUUUCUAGGGCUGUUUCAUUUCACAGGAGUGCUUGUGUGUUAAGAGGGUUUGGUAGUACAGAUGGCCCCUUAACUCUAAAAAGCCUCGGUUUUAGGGAUGAGGAUGAAACAAUGGCCACAUUUGACAAAAAUAAUGUUACACAAACGGUUUCCACUCCUCAGGUUUUCGUAGGUCAUGUCGAAGAAGUCAGAAGCAAGCGAGUCAAGGUCAAAACAAAAGCCAUUGCUAUCGAAAACCCUGUUGAACUUGACUCAGCCCCGUUUUCUGCAAAAUCAUUUUUGGAACUCGGUCUUCCUCCAUUGCUGAUUGAGGCACUAAAUAGAGAAGGUUUUGAAGUUCCGACUGAUGUACAGUCUGCAGCCAUCCCAACAAUCCUUAAAAGUCAUGACGCUGUGAUUCAAUCAUACACGGGGUCUGGAAAAACAUUGGCAUAUGUUCUUCCAAUACUCUCAGAAGUGGGCCCACUGAAAAGUUCACCCAUUGACAACAAAGAAGCUAAAAAGAAAGCUGAUAUUGAAGCGGUGAUCAUUGCACCUUCACGAGAGCUUGGUAUGCAGAUUGUGAGAGAGAUUGAGAAGUUACUGGGACCUGAAAAUAAAAACUUUGUCCAACAGCUUGUAGGGGGUGCAAACCGGUCAAGACAAGAGGAGGCUUUAAGAAAAAACAAGCCCGGUAUAGUUGUCGGGACACCCGGGAGGAUCGCUGAGAUCAGUUCUGCUGGGAAGCUUCACACCCAUGGAUGUCGAUUUCUAGUUUUAGAUGAAAUUGAUCAGCUUCUAUCAUUUAAUUUUCGAGAAGAUAUGCAUCGAAUAGUUGAACACGUUGGGAAGAAAGCCGAUUCGGGCAGGGCUCAGAACUCGGAAAGUGUAAUCAAGAAACGCGUUGAAAGACAAACGAUCAUGGUUUCUGCAACGGUUCCAUUUGCAGUAACAAGAGCGGCUCGGAGUUGGGGUCGAGACCCGUUUCUUGUGCAAGCCAAUAAAGUGGGGCCACUUGAAUCUGUCCCUCGCCCAGCUGGCCCUGUUAACUUGUCAUUGGGACCCAACUCUACUUCGAAUCCAGGGUCAGAUGUGCAGCAGAGUAAUGCGGUUUCCGAUAGUCUACCACCAUCUUUAAAACAUUACUACUGUCUUUCAAGACUGCAACAUAAGGUUGACACCGUGAGAAGAUGUGUGCAUGCUCUUGAUGCAAAAACAGUAAUAGUUUUCAUGAAUCACACACGACAACUGAAAGACGCUGUUUUUAAGCUACAAGCUCGUGGGUUGGUUGCAGAAGAGUUACAUGGUGAUCUUGGGAAGCUUACAAGAUCAACCAUCUUGAAGAAGUUCAAGAAAGGUGAAAUACGGGUACUGGUGACAAACGAGCUAUCGGCUAGAGGUCUAGAUGUAUCAAACUGUGAUCUUGUUGUUAAUGUGGACUUACCUACCGACUCAGUUCAUUAUGCACAUCGGGCUGGAAGAACGGGUCGACUGGGCCGAAAGGGUUCUGUUGUCACCAUCUGCGAAGAGUCAGAAGUUUUCGUGGUCAGGAAGCUUCAGAGGCAGCUUGGGGUUCCAAUUCAGUCUUGUGAAUUUGCAGAUGGGAAACUUGUAAUUGAGGAAGAGAAGUAGAAUUUCAAGAGAUACUGGAGACAACGCUUUUCUCUGAACGCGGUUGGAUUGCUGCUGCUUCUUCAUCUUCAGGUAGUUCAUCAAGUGACUCGAUUGGCUUGAUGUAAAUUCCAAUUGCAAACACGCGUGAUUCUUUGUAUACGGUUCCAUGAAAUCCUAAGAAAGAUGAUCUAUGUCCAAAAUCAUAGGUAAAUGUAUUGGUAGUACCAGUGGCGGCUCGAGGUUUUUAGAGGCCUCAAACGAAAUUAAUUUUGGAGGCCUAAUCCAUUACCAUAUAAAUUAAAGUAAAUAAAAAAAAUAGCUGACUUUUGUAUGCAGAUAUUGAUACAAAAACUAAAAAGGCAUUACUGUAAUGUAGAUUAUAUAAUGUUAGUCCAAAAUCCAUACAAUAA